AUGCGUGACAGCCCUAUGUUCACCAGUUCGACUAGUGGGGGCCUCUGGUAUUUGAAAACGACUUGCAUAUUGGCACUUCACCCAUGGAAUGUUAAUACUCAUCAAUUGCGGGGAGCACGAGGAGGCCUUAGCAGCUGUAUUGAGUUAGCCAGCGGCUUUAGUUCAGAUGAUGAAUUAGGAAAGAAGCCUUAUAUUGAACUCUAG